CGGAUAUUAAUCAGUAUAUUAUUAUCUCAAUCUUGUAUCUACGUGUAUAUAUUUAACUUCGAUUUGAGUAGAGCAAAGUCGGGUAAUUUCGACACCUAAAGAGUAAAAUUUGAUUUAGUCCUGAUGUGUCGAAAUUACCCUCCAAGUGCCCAAACUUAAUGAAAAACACCGUUUUGACUUGUUGAUAUUUGCUAACGAACGUUAUUAUCGUUGCCGGCAUAAUUCAAAACUUCAAGCGAUUUAACUAAAUGCGGGGGAGUGUAAUUUCGACAGUAAGCGGCUAAUUUCGACAGUCAGCGGCUAAUUUCGACACUUGUCUUUGUAUUAAUUUUCAACAACUGUUUUAAUCAGUUAUUUACAUUGUAUGUCUCAAUUAAUAGAAUUUCACGAUCUCUUUAAUGUCUAGUGUUAAUUAGGCUCGAUUGUUCAUUGUCGGCUCGGGUACUGCUAACAUUUACCCCGGGUACAUUGAAGUAUACUUACAUGUACCCCGGGUACGGUAAAUAUACUAAAACGUACCCGGUAGAAAUUAGACUGUACCCGAGUUUUAUUCCCGCCCUAAAUCAGAUGUCGUAAAACGCGCUACCGAUUACCGUUAUUACGAAACAAACUUCUAUUAUUUGUUUUUAUAAACUGCAUCAACAUGCUUUUUGAGUAUGGGUUCCGAUAAUAUAGAGGCAAUUUAACAGAAAAUUGACAUAAAUAUGAACAUAAUUAAUCUAAAAAAAAUAGCCGACGACGACCGAUUUAGCGUAAAAAUUCCCGGGUAGAUUUUAGUAUAUUUACCGUACCCGGGGUACAUGUCAGUAUACUUAAGCGUACCCGGGGUAUAUGUAAGUAGUACCCGAGCCGAAAAUGACCAAUCGAUUGUUAAUAAGGUUGUGGUGGUUUAGUGGAUGUGAUGUCCGCCUAGCGAUCAGGAGAGAGUGUUUUAAUAAGUCGUAGGCUUUCCAUGCAGUGGAGCUUUAAUAAAUAGGAUUAUACUAAACUAGUGUUAAUUUGCAAAUCAGAGAAUUAUAAAUAAAUUGCAUUUAGAGUUCGUAUUGUGCUCCCACUUGACUCAAUAUACAGUACAGACACCGUGUACUUAAACAAACGCCACUCGCUGCAAUGUUCAUCUCACUGUUAGCUUACCAAUAUGAACCCCGCGAUAGGUGUUCAGAUCAAAUGUCGCGGGGGCCGUUUGCCAUAGACUAACACCGCGAAUCACCGCGGACCCAUAAUAUCUACCGCGGUGAUCAUCGUGUUCGCUAAAUACAAUUGAACAAAAACGUAUUGAAUUGAUCCCUUUAAUUUAAGAGUGAUAAUGAAUAAAUAAAUUCUAUUUUAAUGUACAUGCUGGUCGAAAGGAUGUGAUAAGUAUUUAAAAUAUAUUGGCGACAAUAAAACGCCUCCGAUACAUAUGUGUCAACUGUAUCUAUCGAAUACAUGCAUCUUCUCCCUUCUUUAAUUAUCCAUUACUCGAUAAUCCCAUAUACGCCCGAUUUCCGUUUUUAAAGCAAAUUAUCUGAGGGAAAUAUAGACGAUAAGAGUGCUCAAGAAUGCCAUAAACAUAAACGUUCGCAAUUUUCGAAAGUAUCAAAUGAAUUUCGGCAUAUGAUUCUAUUUAAAGGUUUGAUGAACUGCAUGUAAGCCCCUAAACAACACAGUUGUAUUCCAACAUGCGAAAAUCAUCUUACACGGUUUGCACGCGCCGGGUACAGCUAUUUUCGGUUAGCAACUUCUAGAUAAAAUAAAUGAAUUUCUUUGUCCUGAUAAAAAGCGCGCGAAAAUUGGCGUGGGUGUAUUUAUUUGUAAAUACAAAUUACGUAGCGGGUACAACAUUGUGAUCAUUUGAUUUCCAUUAAAAGUUUCGUUGUGAAUUUCAACUAAAGUUGAAAUAUCUCGCGAUAUAUUUGGCAUUGCCAUUAAGAGUUAAUAGUAUUGAUCAUCUAAACGCUUUAUUUACGUUUCCGACGUUAUGUACUGUACAAAUUUAAGUGCAUACGUGUGCACAUACUUAUAACAUCUACAUGUAGUACACAUGUAUAUGAUUUUCUUUUGUACAUGUACAUUUAAAACUCGUGAAUGACCCUCGCAGACAGGUGUUUACGGUGGUUGCGCAGCAUCCGAGGUGAUCAUAGGUGAUCCAAUUAACGAUAUAAUUAAGUAAAAAAAAUACAUUUUCAUUAAUCAAUAACCUUCACAAUCUUUAAAUAGCUCUAAUUUUAUACAAUCUGCUUGAAAAGAUAUAGAGAGAGCUAAAUAUAAUAUUCAAUAAGCUGCGUCAACUAUUUAAAGAGUAAUUCUAUUCAACGAAUCUAUCUUUCCAUAUGCGCUGGGAAUGCUUGAAAACAUUUGGAGUGUCGGAAUUACCCACCAUCGUAUAACAUCGGAGGAUAAUUUCGACACCCCACAAAUCAUAGUUUAACAAACGAUUUGCACUAUUCAAACACAAAUACAGGUCAAGUGAAACAAAUUUUAUACUAGAACUUGUACAAAUACCAGAAAUACAGCGAAAUCCUGAAGGGACGUAAUUGACAAUUAUGUAACCUCCCUUAGCGAAGCUCAUAACGCUAUAAAAAUUCUCUAAGUAAUACAAUGUACGUAUUUUAAAUGACUCACUUACAUGCAAUUAGCGAGACGUUUGAUAGAGAGAUGUUAUCUGGUGACGUCACAACACCAACUACGUCACAUUUUACAACGAAAUCAUACGGGAUGAUGAUGAUUUAAGACUGGUCUGAUUAAUACUGUGAAAAGUGUCGAAAUUAGACGACUGUCGGAAUUACCCGACAUUGCGCUAGUGAUCCUUAUUACGAAGACUUCACUUUGCGUAUUUUGAGUUGUUGUUUUUUUACAUGUUUACACUUCAAUAACAUGUGAAAGAUGGACGCGUUCGGAUUUGUAAUUUUGUACUUUCAUUCUGCUGCAAUAACUAAAUUAAAUUACCGGUACACACUAAACUCAUGUAGCAAAACUUUUCAGUCAUGGUGAUUAAAAUACGUGUCGUGAGAAAUCCAACGCAUAUUACAUUUGCACGAGCGUUAAGUGUUGGAUGUGAACACGCUGGAAUAGGACAACUCUUUCCGAGUUCUUUAUCUGUAUCAAAGAAGUUUCGCCUCAUCAUAAAUCCAUUUAUCUACUGCAGCGUUAGGCUAGCAUCGUAACAUCAAGCAAGCACGUGUGUUAUAUUCAAGCAUCAAAUACAGCCUGUGAUAGUUAUUAUUCGUAGAUUAAUACACGUGGACGGUUAUAACCGAGCCACCCCCAUUUCAUACAGAGCCGUUAAUUUGAUUAUGCAACAUGCAUCCGAUAGUUACGGGAACGGUAUUGCACCUUUCAUACAGGUACAACAAUGCGGUCAUAUGUAGCUUUUAAAUGAUUUUAAAGCUCGGAUUUUCUUGUGUAUAAUAAAUGUGUUUGAUAGAAAGCAACAGGACAGCGAUAGUAUGGAUAUCUGUUUUGACGCUUACACUUUCUGGUUUCGUUUUGAUCGGAACUGUGUUAUUUUAUGUGACUUUUCCUUUGAUACUACACGGACGAUUGAAUACAAAUCAGGAAGUCUCAAAUAUGUCGACAAUAACAAAGGUGAAAUAUGGAUCGAUGGAAGAUGGCAGAGACAUUUACCAAGUUACAGCCUCUGCAUUUAUGCGAUCGAACGCGCAUAUACUCUGAAGAAUAGACAGAACCUUGAGGCGCGUAUCAUCGAUUAUGGCGGCCGCAUCACGCACCUGUUCGUCCCCGACCAGCACGGGAAGCUGGAAGACAUUGUACUCGGAUACGACUCGUACAAAGACGGUUACGACAAAGAUGAGUUCUAUCUCGGCGCGCUAAUCGGUCGCUAUGCCAACCGUAUUGCAAAAGGUCAGUUUAGCCUGGACGGGGUCACCUAUCAACUGGGCAUUAACAAUGGGCCCAACACGAACCACGGCGGCUUCAGAGGCUUCGAUAAGAGACUUUGGGGCUCAACCAUAGAGGAUGACAAACUCGUGCUGACCUACACGAGCGCCGACUUGGAGGAGGGGUUUCCGGGGGAGGUCAAUGUCACGGUGACAUUUGCCCUCACUGAUGAGAACGAGCUGGUGAUCGCCUACCGGGCCACAACCACCAAGCCCACGGUGAUCAAUCUUACGAGCCACCCGUAUUUCAACUUAGCCGGACAUUCGUCUGGUGAUCUCAAAGGUCACGUGAUCCGGAUACCCACUGGUCUCCACACGCCAAGCGAUUCAAAUCAAAUACCAACAGGUGAGUUUGAUGAAGGCAAAGAUACGGUUCUUGACCUACGUCAAUCUACGGAAAUUUCGGAAGCACUAGAGCACGUGCCGCGAGGAUAUGGAUACGACCACAAUUUUGCGCUGAUGAAUCCUGGGAUUAAGCAACAGGCGGCAAACGUGCGUCACGCCCCCUCAGGGCGCGUGCUAGACAUGUACACGACUGAGCCCGGGAUGCAGUUCUACACUGGCUAUUGGCUUGAUAUCCCACGGGGCAAGGGCGGGGCGCAUUACGGCAAAUGGAGCGGAUUCUGUUUAGAGGCACAGAAAUACCCGGACUCGCCAAAUAAGCCUCACUUUCCAUCUGCGGUGAUCCGACCAGACGAGACGUACCAACAAACUACAAAAUACGUGUUUAGUACGAUGGAACUCUAAUGAAAAUAAAAUACACAUACAACAUAUAUUAUAAAGCUCUAGAAAGUUUAUUAAAUGGCGAAACAAUAUACUCUAGUUAAAAAAACACAUUUAACUGCAUGUGACUCAAUACUAGUCGAUACCAACAACAUUACCUAUAAUUACAUUUACUGUGUAGAGGCCCGGUAACUAAUUUAUUCUCGUGGUAGUAUUUUUGGAAAACUCCUCUGUUAUGCUGUAUUAUGAUAUAAUUAGCAUCGAUUCUGAUUCAUGGUGCAGUAUCAAUGUGGUUUUCAGGGGUUUACACACGGGCUUGAAAGAAUGUAAACACACCGUUAAGAAUUGUAUUUUUGCCAAUAUAUCAAGUUAUUGAAAUACAUUUGCAAAAAUGUUUUGUGCAUAAAGCACAGUUUGUCUUGCAGUGUUUGCCGAUAUUUUAUAAUUAAAUAAUAAAUCAUUGAGUACGUUUGAAA